AUGGCCGACACAUUUUUCUGUCAUCAGUGCCGACGUCCCGUUACUUUGAGAAAUACGGUUGGUCAGACUUUUUUUUCACUACAUUUAUAUAUUUUUAGGAUCUCAUAUGUAGCUCUUGCGGCGGAGAUUUUGUUGAAGAAAUGCCUCCUGCGCUUCAGGUAUGUUUUCUCUUUCUUUUUAUUGUUUUCUUAUUGAAAAAACUUGCUUUCCAUGUCUAUCACAAAACAAAUUAGUUCUGACUACGAUUGAGAAAAAAAAACUCUAAGUUUCUCACAAAUGCACAAAGGUUGCGUGCUGGUGAUGACUACAGGGAGUAAAAAAAUAAUGAUUUCUGCUUAAAUUCUCAUCUUUGAUGUCAAGAAGCAUAUUAUCACAAAUAAUUUGUUAAGACUAAAUAAAAGUCGAAAAAAUUGGAUUUCGCUUCCAAGGUUGGUUUGUUCGUUCCAUCAUAUCGUUUUCAAACUGGUGUAUUUUGGUUUUUUUAUUGAAAUAUUUUCCCCUUCAUAGGUUUUUUCUGAGUAUUCAUGAUCAUUUUGCAGCAAAAUGCAGCAGAAACCCCCCAAAACCGCCUCCCAAAUUCGAACUCUCCGACUUUGUUGAACCGACCCCAGAACCCCGUCGGCGUGCCCAUGGCGGGGGUGAGGAAUUGGGUGGCGAAUCUGUUCGCUGCCAUGCCUGAGAGCGCUGUUCGUUUUUUUCGUUCUAGGAAAAGAAAGACCUGAUUAAAAAUUUUAAGUUUUCUUCAAAAUGUUAUCGAUGAUAACAUUUAUGGUGAUUUGAUGAGAAAUUGCCAAGUUCUUUAAUGUGUAAUGAAAAAAAUAAUCAAUUUUGUUCGCAUAUCGCUUUUUUUCAUAAAAAAACUCUUCUAAAAAAAUCUGUUAACAUAAACUUUAUAACCUUGAUUUUUAAUCUUUCAAUUCAGAUGAAAAGAAAAAAAUAACUUUUUCGAAGUGAUUAUAGAAUCGAAAAAGUAUAAUCGUUAUUUUCCGAAGUACCGCACGGGCAAAAUCCAAAAAACCUCAAAAACAGACAUUUUCUUUUCUAGACUUUUUUCUGAAAAGGACCUUUUAAAGAGGUAGAAAAAAGGAGGCGGAAAAAAGAUGAAAAAAGGGGAUUCCGAGAAGCUUCCGAUACCUAUUUAGGAGCUCAAAAAGGAGCUUUAGGUUUUUUGAGGCAUUUUUUGAGGUCAAUUGGAAUUUGCCUGUGCAUGUUCGAAGUUGUGAUCUUACCUUUGAACUAAAAAUUUUACAUAGCUUCCAAUUUAUUUCCCACAAUCGUUGGUAUAAACCUGCCACAUGUGCUCUUUGUCCAAACAAACAGAAAUGAGGAAGUUUCAGCAGAACGCUGCUCGUCCUUCACAGGCUCGGGGGGUCAACAGAGACGAACCUUCUGUUAUGGAUCUGUUCCAGUCCAUCAUCAAUGUCAGUUUCUGUUAUUUUCAAUAUAUCUCAAUGUUAUAAGAAAAAUAAACCUCCUUUUUUUCAAAAAUUCCCAUUUGAAAGUUUGUUCAAUUACAGUCGGCGUCGACCGGCAAUGUUCAGCUUCAUUUCGAUUUCUCGACCGACCCGAAUUUUCAAGGUCAAGGGUAAGAAAGUUUUUUUUUCGGAGUGUAGAUCCCUCAAGUUUUAAAUGAUUAGAUGUUUUUAGUCAGUCAAAAAAGAGAGCUAUGCAAUAAGAAGUGUCGAAUUUGUCAAAAAAAAACGUUACUGUUGAGAUGGGGGUACUGAAUUUUUUUCGGCUUUUUCCGAUUUUUUUUUUUCAUAUCGCUUGAUAAUUGAAGGAUCCCUUUUACCUUUUUUUAUCAUUGUAUUUGUAAAGAGGAAAGUUUUUCUGAUACUUGGAAACCUUUUUAGAAUACAGAUACUAGGUAAUAAAAAGAAAAAAAUAAACUAGAAAAAAAUAAGAAAAAAAUUCAUAAAAAAACCAACGUUUUUCGGAUCUUUUUGGCCGUUUUUUUAAAAAGUUUACUUCUAUCAGUAAUGUCACAUUGGAUGAUCAAAAAUAAAUUACAAUUCUUGAUCUUCAGAAGGAGAUAAGAAAGUUGAAACGAUCUCAUAAGGUUUUUUCCACGAAAAAUUGAAAUCUUAACUUAAAAUUGGUAAAAGAUGUUGGUAUCUGUUCAGAUUUUCUUGUUUUGGCUUUACCGGAAAAUCUACAGGUUUCAAAUCAACUUUGGAGAACUUUUCGGCGACGGAACAAGGCCCAACCUGGAACAGCUUUUCGCACACGUCUUCGAGGAAGGUGGCCGCACGCCAUCACAUGGAAUUUCCGAAGAAGUUCUCAACCAGUACUUGCCGAUGACCAAGGUCGUCUUCGCUUUGUCAAACUUUAACAAUUGGCUUUUCUUCAGGUCACUCAGAAGCAUGUAGACGAUGGGGUCCAGUGCACGACAUGUUUUGACACCUUCAAGCUGGGUAAGCUGACAUAUUUGGCUAAAACCAAGAAAAAAAAAAUCAAAAUUCUUCAAUUCAUAUUUGAUUUUUUCAAUUUGAACCUAAGCUAAUGACAUUUCCUUUCGUAAACCCUAAUAUCAUAUGUGCGAAAAUCAUAUAUUGAGCGACUGAGACUUUCUUUUUUUUGUGUGAGAAAAUAAUACAAUUGUUUUCAGAUGAGCCUGUUGCUUGCCUCGACUGCAACCACAUCUUCCAUCGUCCAUGCAUCGACCCAUGGUUGAAACAGAAAUCGAGUUGCCCGGUUUGCAGGCAACCCGUUGAUGUCAUCGCCUGGAGAAAUAGGGUACGAUCCCUCAUUUUAAAUUUAAACUCUAUCAAAAAAGGCACAGGGAAUUUUUACCCAAAAAUUUUUCAUUUGUAAAGUAACUAGUUCUUACUUAUCAAUUUUGGUUAUACAAGCUUGAAAGUUUCAUAAAAUAUUUCCAAAAAUUUUUCAUCUAGGAAAAUUUGAACAAACAUUACUAUAACUCCACUAUAGUAACAUCCAUUUUUUCAAAAAACGGUUUUUUCCGUUCCACAAAAUUAUAAUUACACUCAAAAUUUUGCCAUUUUUUCGUUAUCUUUUGGAUUUUUUUAAUUGAAUAAUCUGAAAAAUAUAGCUUUGCGACUAAAAUUUGGGCUGGUCUUUCAAACUGAAGUUUUUCGAGACUAGGGUCUUAGUGGAGUUUUUUUUCAACUAUUACGUCGAACCUUAAUCUGAAUAUGGUACCACUGGACGGUUCUGACGUCUGUCUUGUCUCAGAAACCAGCAAAAAUUGUGGAUUUUUUGGAAAAAAAACAUUCGUUGAAGACAAUUUUCUAAAGGGAGGUCCAGGAUUAAUUGAAGUUUCUUUAAAAAAAAAAUUACACGGGUUAUAUUCGAGAUUUUUUGAAACCAAGGGACCUUUUGAACAACAGAAACUUUAAUUUUCGAGCGAAUUUUAGAAUGGGUGACGUAGUGGUUUUAGCAGAAAGUUGAAAUCUGAUUUGAAAAAAGAAAUUGUCUUUCUUUUCAUUGUAAUUUUUUUGUUGUUGUUCUUACAAUGAUAUACUAUUCUAAAAACCUAUUUCGAGAUGUUUUGUUUGUAAAAAAACUUUUUUUCAGAAACUUGAAAAAAAUUUUUUUAAGUGAAAUUAUAUUCAUUUGGAUAUGUGUAUGAAUGUGCGGCAGUGAAGACAUUUUGAAUUUUUUGUCCAUCUAAAAACUCGAAAAAGUAAAUAGUUUGCAAAACAAUAUAUUGCAGCCUCGCGUGCCGAACAUGUCUGUUUUGGACGACCUGGACUGA